GUGCUCCUUCGAUAUGACUUCCACACAGGAGUUAAAAGACGUGAUCAAAGAAACCUUAGAAAGUCAUGGAACUCUGGGACAGAUUAAGGCUAGGAUAAGAGCUGAAGUUUUCAAUUCCCUGGAUGACCACGGGGAAACAAAACCUCAACUGAGCAGUGAAAACAUGAUCAUAAAUGAACUUAUUCGAGAAUAUCUUGAGUUUAACAAAUACAAAUAUUCAUCAUCGGUAUUAACAGCAGAAUCAGGUCAGCCCAAAGAACCAUUAAACAGAGAGUUUCUAGCCAGAGAGUUAAACAUACGUGAAGACCACACAUCUAGUUCAAUCCCAAUGCUGUACAGUAUUGUGUCACAUUAUAUAAAAGACAAUAGAUCUGUAUUAGCCAGAUCAACUGUGAGGGACAGAUCAUCGGCACCUCAGAUAGGAUCAGCUUUCAGAGACCAAGAUGAGGAAACCGAGAAGGGUAUUUUGGUGAGAGGUGGCGCACGAUGAUAUUGGUAUAGGAUUAUAGGGAUGCUGACUAUAUCGCCAGAAACAUCAUGAUAGAUAAACUGUGCUAAUAAUGUGUGAUGUAUGUGUGAUAUUAUUGUAUAUUUCUCAAUAAGAUUUAUAGUUGAAUGCAUCCUCAACACCAAGCACAUGUAGUAAAUUUAAUAUCACUGCAUGGCAAAUCUUUAGUUACAAAAACUUUAGAAGGUAAACCCUAGUGGUGAUCUGUAUUGAAUCUGUUAAAUGUAAAACAAUAUCAAAUCCGUCCUUUUGAUAUGGUGUCAGACCUUUACAUGAUAUUUGUUGUACAAUUUCAUAAUCAUAUUUUAUUAUGAUUAUUGCUGUAUAGAACAUAUUGUUUCCACAAGUAGAUUUGUAGGCAUUCAUGCUUUAGAAAUUGCCAGAGAUUUGUGUAAUACUUUAUAUUUAUACAAAAAUGAGGAGUGAUGAAUGAUUGUACGAGAGUGUUUGUACAAAAUAAUUAGCUUUACUAGAUUUCUGGUUCCUUUGAAAAUGUGAAAAAUACACCUAUACAAUCUAUCAUAAUAUUUGUCAAGCCACAAGUGUGAAUUAUUUUUAUCUUUGUCUUCUAAAUACUUCACAUAUCAUCUGUGUAUUGAAAAGUUGAAAAUGUCAUCCAGAUAUACAAUUCACUACAUUAUUAAGAAUUGUACAUUUCUGUAAGCAUCGAUAUCAAUAUUUCAAACACAACAUGUACAUGUUUAUGAUAUCUAUAUAAUGAAGUAAUACAAGAAUGUAUAUGUAAAUGCAAUACAUGUUAUUGGAUCUUAUCAUAAGGGUAGACACAUUAGAAUCCUUCCCAGAAAAACAAGCUACACAAGACUCAUAUUUUGUUUAAAUGCUUUAUGUUCUACUACACAUUAUUUUAAGAGUAGUUUAGGAAAACUAGAUAUAAAUUAGGAACUCACAUUCCAUGCAAAAUGUAUCAUUAUGUUGGUGUACAUUCUAUGUGUAUUUACAUCAAGACAAGUAUGAAAGGUAAAGGUAAACUGUAUGUGAGAGGUAGCUUAAAAAAUUAAAAUUAAAAUGUUAAAAGUA